UGCCGCGACAUCAGCAAACUUUUAUUUUCCUGCCUACCGUAGUCGAGUGAAUCGCGCGCGCGCACCGUACCUAUACCUACGCAUAACAGCCGCGCGGUAGGUUAAUAGUCACGGUCGUCCACUGCCGUAUUACAUGAUAUUCAAUAUACAUGUGUAUGUAGUUUUGUAGACAACACAAGACGCGCUGCAGUGUUCGUGGACGGUAUACGAAACCAUAUACCAUAUCGUAUCGCAGCAGUGGCCGAUACACGUACCUGUAGUUAAUAAUUUUUAAUAAUUAUUAAUAACCAUUAUUAUUGGCGACCAUGUUCAACGGGUAUUACGGGUCGACGUCGGAGAGCAGCGACAGCGACGCGCCGAUCGACGACGGAUCGUCCGUCAAGACGAUGGACCUCAACUACCUGUUGCUGGACGGCGACACCAUCCAAAAGCAUUUGGUCGACAUGUGCGAGCGCAGCCGGCCGGACGGCAUCGACACGAUGCUGCUCAACCACAACGCCAUGCUGUCCCUACCGCCGGCCAUCAAUCGGUUCCAGCACCUCCGCGUGCUCGACAUUAGCAACAACCGGUUGACGCAUGUGCCCGACUUCGUGGCGCGGUUGCCGCUCACCACACUGGUCGCCAAGAACAAUCUGAUCGACGACGACGGGUUCCCCAAGGAGUUCGGUUAUGCCGUCCACCUCAAGGUGCUCAACAUCAGCGGCAACCGGUUAUCGCACUUUCCCCAACAGCUGCUCUCGGUCACCACUCUCGAGUACCUGUACAUGGGCAGCAACAAUCUGGUCGAGAUACCCAAAGAUAUCAACAAACUCAUCAGGUUGAAGUUCUUGUGUUUGGGCGGAAAUCAUUUGUCAGAUGUACCUGUGACAUUGGGUUUGUUGGAUAAUUUGAAAGCGCUUAAUUUGAGUGAUAACUCACUGGAGAGCUUGCCGCCGGCCAUUGCCAAUCUCAAACACCUAAAAUCGUUGAUGUUACACAAAAACAGACUUCGUACACUACCUAUAGAAAUCAUAUCACUGAAGUGCCUCACAGAGUUAAGCCUGAGGGACAAUCCAUUGGUUGUGAGAUUUGUAAGUGAUAUGACACAUAAUCCACCAUCUUUACUCGAACUGUCUGCCAGAUCAGUGAAAAUUAACAAUGUACAAUAUGGAGAACGCGAUUUGCCUUACAAUUUGAUCGAAUACUUAUCGAGCGCACAUCAUUGUGUCAACCCUAAGUGUAAAGGUGUAUUUUUCGACGACAGAGUUGAACACAUUAAGUUCGUAGACUUUUGUGGCAAAUACCGUAUUCCGUUGCUACAGUACCUAUGUUCAUCAAAAUGUAUAGUCAACCACAGAAACAUACUUGGAGAUAGCACCGACAGCAAUAUGAUGAGAAAGGUUUUACUUGGAUAAAUCCGUAAAUAUUUUUUUAAAACAAAUAGGUACCUACUACAUAUUCCAUUUGAUAUAUAAUAUGUAAAUACCGAUAUUUAUACAUACAAGCCCCAAUUAUGGCUAUUCAAGGCCAAGGGUUAAAUUCUUCAGUAUAGGCAGAGUACACGAAAAAAAAUAUAAACCUAUAUACCUACCCGUGUAA